ACCGCAAUUAGUCAGUAACCAAAAUAAUGACUACCACCGUAGCAAUGCAAAAAAUGUGUCGUUUAUGUAUGUCUGAAACGGCUGAAAAUAAAAAAGUGUACUCAAAAAUGUACUCAAUUUAUAAAGCGCCGUCAGGUGAAAAAGAUGUUUCGAUAGUAGAAUUAAUAAAACAAACCUUGCCACGGCUCCGUAUAUCUGAUAAAGAUUUACUGCCAAAAUCGAUUUGUGAAAAUUGUGUCCUGAAACUAAUGGAUUUUUAUAAAUUCCAAGAGCUUUGUUUAAAAGUUGAACAAAAAUAUAAAAAAUUCCUGGUUCAAGAAGAUCAAGAAGAUCCUUUAGCUAAAUCUGAUUUACCUAUCGACAUGAAAGAAGUCGAUGAGAUUGUCAUAAAUAUGGAUGACAAUUUAAGAGAUGAAGAUUUUGAUGGCAUGAGCAGUAUUAGUGAUAUUAAAGAUGAGGAUAUAAAAACUUGCAGCGAAUUUAGUGAUGAUUUCGUUUGGAGCGAUUCGAUUGAUAGCUUGAGCAAUGACAGCGAUUGUAUCGAUGAUAAAAAGGAUAAGAAUAAAAGUCAAUACCAAUUAAGAACUGCGAAUAAGACGAAUAGAAAGAUCAUUGACAUGAAGCCAAUAGAUGCUAAUCAAGGAACUAAUAAAGCGCAACAGUUUGCAUGUGAAUUUUGCAACAAAUUUUAUAAAACAAAAGAUACUCUACAGAAACAUAGACGUGUCUUCCAUAUUGGUAAAGAUAAACGGGUUACGUGCAAUAUUUGCAAGAAAGAAUUGAAACCUUACAGUUUUAAGGAACAUAUGCUACUUCACAGCGAUAUAAAACCUUACUUAUGUUCUGAAUGCGGGAAAUCAUUUAGUUCCUCAAGCACUUUACGGCAACAUUUACUACGUCAUAAAGAUGAAAAACAAUACCAAUGUCCCGAUUGCCCUCGCAAAUUCUCUUGCCGAAGUGAUUUGUUUUCUCAUAGCGAAGUACAUCAAGCAAAACCAAAAUCCCACGUAUGCGAUGUUUGCGGGCGGGGCUUUACUAUGCCGUAUAUGUUAAAGAAACAUAAAAUGUAUCAUAACAAUGACAGACCGUUCACUUGCGAAUAUUGUGGCAAAAGUUUCUAUACGGCUGCAAAAUUACGCCGCCAUGCUCGCAUUCAUACGGGUGAAAAGCCCUAUCGUUGUAAAUACUGUGAUAAACAAUAUCGUCAAUCGAAUGAACUGAUCAAGCAUUAUCGCGUGCAUUUAGGUGAAAAUGUCUAUCAAUGCGAAUUGUGUCCUUUAAGAUUACCAACUGUAAAAACUUUGCGUGAACAUUUUGCCAGUCAUAAAAGUGACGAUUCCGAAACAACGGAACGUAAUCUCGCUGCUCUAAAAGCGUUGGAAAUGAAAGGAAUUUUCGCAAAAUGAACCCAAACGCAAACUAAAAUAAAUGUGAAACGAAAGUCUAAGAUAGACUUUCCCGGACUUUGAUUUGGAAAAAUCGUUAUCCCUAUCGUAGUACGUACACACGUAAAUGUACUUUCUUUUCUAGUGAAAAAUGCAUUGAAUUUAUUUAGGUAAAAUGUAUUUUUAAAAGAAACUUACUUCUAUUAUUAACAAACAAGAAAGUUACAUUUGCCUUUGUUGCCGUAUAGCACAGAACCUCAAUGAAGAACUUAGCUCGGUUGGAAUUCAAGACCGAGUGCCCGCUCGAAAAUCUAAGAAAAUUUUAAGAGAAGCCCACCCUUUAAUAGAGCACUGAGUUAAGAGAUAUGUUUACGUUUAAAACAAUCUAAAAAUAAUCAAGGAUGGUUUAUCAAUACAUUUGGAUUUAUAAAAAAUUCUGAUUUGAAAGGAGAAUCUCGAAAGUCUUGCUCUACGUUCUGGUCCACGCGAACGGCCACAAGUCAUAAGUAUUUUGUUUAUUUAAGUUUGGGACGUGGGAUCGUUGAACCCUUUUACGCAACAAUUUUUUAAAUUGAAUACAAAUUUUUUUGAAGCGAAAUAUUGUCCAUGUACCAAAGUGUGCCAUCCAAUCGUAAUUAGACGUUUUCACAAAUUGCCCUAUCCUAGCCAAAAUUUUCAUACCAAUUAAGUCGUGCAAAUUUUAAGAGCGGAUACUUCGCUUAAAGCGAACGGUUAUAACAGAGAAAAUGCUUUGUCAUCUGAAAGUGAUAAGAUGGAUAGAGGGACAAAAAUAUUUCCAAAUAGGAAAGAAAAAUGGAAGACGUAUGCGAAAGUAGAAAUUUGCAUUUAUUUUGAUUUUUUUUUUUUUUUACAUAUAUGGUCAGUCAGUCAGACGGUGGUGUCCCUUACGCAGAUAACGCGGUGAAGACUGUAAAGAAGUGAACAAAGAAAGAGAUAGGGAGAUGGCCGAAAGCCUAGUGGGUGUAUGAGCAAUUGAACGCUUACGGAACCUACGACCAAACGAAACUUAUCGUGCUGGGAUUUGGACUCGCAAAUGCUGACAGCAACGGUUCUCACCUAUUCGUCUAAUGUUUGGACAUAGGAUCUAUAAGCGGAUUGCCGCAACAGUUUAUAAAUUCUAUUCAGUUAGUUGCAAGAUGCCGUUGAAAUGUGCAGAUGUUUUACUUCACACCUUCCUCGAUUAUCGUAAGAACCUGAGUCAAGUUCAUAUUGUUCCUUCCGUAUAUCUGUGUUAUCUGCUUGUCGCAUAGUCGCAAAAAUUGUGGAAAAAAACUCCAGUUCCAGGAUAGAAUCAGCUUAGCUGGUUACCAUCAGCCAAGCGCAAGCACGCCCACUGUAAGGAAAAAAUUUGAAUUUAUAAUCGAUGGCAGAUAUUGCCCUGAAAUUCAACAUAUUUUCAAGAGACAUUGAAUACCUUAAAAAAGAAAGAGGUUGAACACACGGCGGUUCUUAGCCGCUGACUAACGUACUUACAUUUAACAAAAUGUUUCGUAAUUGUCGAUCUGAGAUCUUAAGGGUUGCGACUAUUACUUUCUUACAUAUUUUUGUUCGUUUUCGAGUUGAUGUGUGUAGCUAGCGAGCCCACUAUUUUGAACAGUUGGGAAUAUUCUAAAAAUGAGUAAAAAUUCCAAAUUUUGUCUGCCAACUAUGAUGUUUAG